AUGGACCUCUGCAAUCACGCUCUUCUCCUCCAUCUGGUGCUUGCGGCGCUCCUCCAUCCUGCCGUCGUCGUCGCAGUUGACGAUGCCACAUCAGGCCGCAGCAAGGGCUUUAGCCUGCGCCUGGUCCCUAGCCCCGGUUGGAACAGUACCAUCCAUGUCGACGACGACGGCUUCGUGCACCUGAACGAGCCAGUUGAGCACGCCCCCAACGUACUUCGGCCGCACAUGCCUCACAAAGAGAGGUACAACAUCAUCACCACCGUUGGGACGGGCCAUGGCCGCCGAACGUACACCCUCGCGAUGGAGAUGACCCAGAGCCUGACGUGGAUGCAGUGUGUGCCGAUCCAAAACCCGUUUCAGCAGGUGUCGCCGCCCUUCAACCCGACGGCCUCGCCGUCAUUCCACCCACUCGCGCCCACCAACCACCUUUGCUCGCCGCCGGGGGGAAGCUUGUGCAGGUUCAGGAGCAACCCCAUGUUCCUCAGUGUCGCGAGUGCAAGCGCGGUCGAACCCGCCGUCGUCAUUGGCUGCGCGCACAUCAGCAAGUGUUUCAGAAGCCACGGAGUGCUUGCCGGCAUCCUCGCCCUGGGAAAGACGUACCUAUCGCUCAUCUGGUUACUGGGCCGUGGCGGCUUGCAUAGCUUCUCCUACUGCCUCUUCUUCCCGCAGGGGAACCGUCACGGGUUCCUCCGGUUCGGCAGUGACAUCCCGGUCGACACGAGGCACAUGAAGAGCACUAGGCUGCUCUACCCCGAGGCGAGCGCCUACUACGUCAACCUCGCCGGCAUCAGCUUUGGCAGGACGUGGCUGGGCGGGAACCUGACGGAGGUGUUAAGGCGCCGAAAGCUCGCGGAUGGCAGUUGGCACAGUGGUUGCGUGCUUGACACCGGGAUGUUCUGGGGGGGUACGUUCAUGAUCAGGCAUGCGUACGACAUCCUGGAGCACGCCCUGGUGGAGCACGGCAGGAGGCUCGGGGUGCCGCGCGUACCCCGCCACAACUUCGGUCUCUGCUUCCGCGUGACGUGGGCCAUCUUGUCGCACUGGCCGACGGUGACGCUGCACUUCGAAUCCGAGCAGGACCUUGUGCUCACGCCGAAAAAGCUGUUUGUCCUGCAGGAUCAAGACAUGUGCCUCACCGUGAAACCGAACCCGCAGAUUACCGUCAUCGGCCCAGCGACGCAAGUGGGCACGCGCUUCGUCUACGACCUCGCCGCCAGCAGGGUGUACUUCGCCCCUGAAAACUGCAAUGCCGACACUGGCGUCUAG